AUGGAAGACAAGCAACAGGUGGCAACGGAAGCCUCAGCGGCGGUCGACGAGCUGCAGGCCAAGCUCAAGGCGCAGGAGGACGAGCUGGCCAAGCUGCGCCAGCUCAACGAGCUGCUACUCGAGCGCAUGAACAAGAAGGACAAGCGCUCCAUCAAGUCGCUGACCUCUGCCACUGCCGGCAUCGAUGGCGCCGCGGACCAGCAGGAGUACGAGGCGUUCGACGUCAAGAAGGUGCCGGUGCGUCACCGAGAGACGAACGAGAUCAUCGACCACGACCACAUCGUCACCGUCAAGGACGCCCAGCUCAUCCAGUACCUGCGCAAUUGGGUGCAUGUGGACUCGCUGUACGCGGAGCCGCCCACGGCCAAGGCCGACGAGCUGUUCCAGGCCAGGAACCAACUGAAGCAGCUGGUCCAACUGGAGAACGUGGCCGAAUUGCAGGGGUUCCUGGACACCCUGUAUGGCGACAUGGUCAAGCGCUACGACAACAUGCUGGCCGAGGGUGUGAUCAGCUACCGCGCCCUGUGGUACCUGUUCACCAAGGGCAAGAAGGUGGUCGGCAAGACCGACACCAACUUCUCGGUCGGCGCCGAGAUCGUGUCGUCGCAGUACCGCGGCGGCAUCUUUCCCAGCUUCGAAGUCAACGGCUCCGUCAUCAAGGCCAACGGCAAGGAGUUCUACACCACGUCGCAGUCGUUCCGCGUGCUGCCCUAUGUCGGCACCCGGAAGCUGGAGGACCUGCCCCUGCGCCUCCUCGACGAGAAGACCGAAGCAACCAUCACCGCGCGCGGCCGCAAGUUUGCGCGACUGGCGGUGGGUGUGCACUACCAGACCUACAAGGGCUACGUGGCCCAGAAGGAGGGCUGGUGGGGCUACCAGCUCUACAAGGCCGAUGGGCGCUGCAUGCUCGACGGCGUGAGUUUCAACCGGCUCAACCCCAACUCGCGCUCGGCCGACCUGGGCGGACUCAACCAGGACCAGUACAAUCAGCAGACCAACAGCUUCGAGGCCAUCCCCGACGAGAAGCUGUUCAUGGCGUGGCCCACGAUUCUCGGGUUCAGCUUCAGUGCCAAGAAGUGGGGCGAGUUCAGCGUGGCUGAGCUCGACGAAGUCAAGUUCGACGACCAGGCCUUCCACAAGCUGGUGCUGCCGGAGGAGAAGAAGGUGUUGAUCAGGUCGCUGGUGGAGAACAGUGCCGAUUUCUCGGACAUCAUCAGCGGCAAGGGCGGCGGCUGCAUUUUCCUCCUCCACGGAAGCCCUGGCGUUGGCAAGACGUUGACGGCAGAGUCGGUGGCCGAGCUGCUGCACAGGCCGCUGUACUCGGUGAGCGUGGGCGAGCUGGGCACGGACACCAACGAACUCGAAAAGAAGCUCACCGAGAUCCUCGAGGUCUCGAGCUCGUGGAACGCCGUCAUCUUGCUCGACGAGGCUGACGUCUUCCUGGAGAAGCGGACGGAGAACGACGUGAAGAGGAAUGCGAUGGUGGGCAUCUUCCUGCGCCUGCUCGAGUACCACCAGGGCGUGCUUUUCCUCACCACCAACCGCGUCAAGUGCUUCGACAAGGCGUUCCACUCGCGCAUCAGUGUUGCCAUCAAGUACGAGGAUCUGGGCGUGGACUCGCGCACGCAGAUCUGGACCACCCUGCUCCAGGUGGCCAACAUCAGCGGCAUCGACCCCGCCGAGCUCUGCGUUUACGACAUCAAUGGGCGACAGAUCAGGACGAUCAUCCGCUUGGCGCUGGCGCUGGCCAAGACCGAGGGUGUGCCGGUGAACAAGACCCACCUCGAGCGCACCAUCAAGGUCGCCCUCCAGUUCGCUGCCGACCUCGAGAAGGCCUUCGAGUAG